ACAAGAAGAAGAAGAAGGAGUGAGGUGAUGACUGUAAGAGGGAACAUGUCUGCGUUUAUUUAAAGUGUAAAUAUGCCAUCCUGUAACGACCAGAGAACUGAUUUAGUGCUGGUAUAAAGUUGUUUGAGUGUGAGGGGACAGAAAUUUCCCCUCGGAUCAUCGGUGACGAACUGCGUGAGAGAUCAAUCAGUUCAUCAGAUGAGAUCAGAAGCAGAGUCCAGCUGUGUGUCUAUGAAGAGUGACGCGUCUAUGAAUCAUCCAAUAACAUUCACGGCCUGAUCUCAGAUCAAUUCAUCAGAAGAGAUCAUAUCCAGAGUCCAGUUGUGUGUCUGUGAAGAGUGACGCGUCUAUGGAUCCACCAAUAAAGUUUAACAGUGGAGAUUCAUGGACUGGUCUCAGUCCAGUUCAUCAGAAGAGAUCAGAACCAGAGUCCAGCUGUUCGUCUGUGAAGAGUCACAUGUCUACGGUUCGGCGAGGACACUUCAAGACUAGAGAUACACGGCCUGGUCUCAGCAAUGAGGUCCUCAACACAUUUAGAUCAAAUCUGAAGAGGAAGUUUGAGCGUCUGUAUGAGGGAACAGCGACACAGGGAAACCCAACACUGCUGAAUAAGAUCUACACAGAGCUCUACAUCACAGAGACUGAGAGUGGAGAGAUCAGUAAUGAGCAUGAGGUGAGACAGAUUGAGACACAAUCCAGGAGAACAGCAACAGAGGACACAGCCAUCAAAUGCAAUGACAUCUUUAGACCUUUACCUGGACAAGACAAAGUCAUCAGAACUGUGCUGACAAAGGGAGUCGCUGGCAUUGGAAAAACAGUCUCUGUGCAGAAGUUCAUCCUGGACUGGGCUGAAGGGAAAGAGAAUCAGGACGUCCAGCUCAUAUUUCCACUUCCUUUCAGAGAAAUCAACUUGAUGAAGGACAAAACACUCAGUCUUUCAGAUCUUCUUCAUGUCUUUUUCCCUGAAACUAAAGAAAUGGAAAUAUCCAGUGAUGAAUAUAAAGUGUUGUUCAUCUUUGAUGGUCUGGAUGAGUGUCGUCUGUCUCUGGACUUUAAGAGUAAAGUGAAACUGUGUAAUAUAUCUGAAUCAGCCUCAGUGGACGUGCUGCUGAUGAACCUGAUUGUGGGGAAUCUGCUUCCCUCUGCUCUCAUCUGGAUCACCUCCAGACCAGCAGCAGCUGAUCUCGUCCCCUCUGAGUGUGUCCAUCGAGUGACAGAGGUACGAGGCUUCAAUGAGCCACAGAAGGAGGAAUACUUCAGGAAGAGAAUCAGUGAUCAGAGUCUGGCCGACAGGAUCAUCUCACACCUGAAGUCUUCAAGGAGCCUCUUCAUCAUGUGCCACAUCCCAGUGUUCUGCUGGAUCUCAGCCACUGUUCUAGAGAAGAUGUUGAGUCCAGCAGAGAGUGGAGAGAUUCCCAAGACUCUCACUCAAAUGUACACACACUUCCUGAUCCUUCAGACCAACAUCAAACAUGAGAAGGACUAUGAGAAGAAGGUGACAGAUGAAGACAUGAUCCUCAAACUGGGGAAAUUGGCUUUUCAGCAGCUGGUGAAAGGAAACCUGAUCUUCUAUGAGAAAGAUCUGAGAGAGUGUGGCAUUGAUGUGACAGAAGCAUCAGUGUACUCAGGAUUGUGCACUCAGAUCUUCAGAGAGGAGUUUGGCUUGUAUCAGGGGAAAGUCUUCAGCUUUGUUCAUCUGAGCAUUCAGGAACAUCUAGCAGCUCUAUAUGCACAUCUCUCCUGUACAGUCAAGAAGAUAAAUGUAUUUAACAAAACUAGUCUGUUGUCUAAAGUUUUGCACUGGUUCCUAAAUAAUUCAUCAAAAGUUUCAUUAUCUGAGCUGCAUCAGAGAGCUGUGGACGAGGCUUUACAGAGUAAGAAUGGACAUCUGGAUCUUUUUCUGCAUUUUCUUCUGGGUCUCUCAGUGGAGUCCAAUCAGACUCUCUUACGAAAACUACUGACACAGACAGAAAUCUGCUCCUUCAACAAAGAGGAAACAACUGAUUACAUCAAACAGAAGAUCAGAGAGAAUCACUUUCCAGAGAAAUCCAUCAAUCUGUUUCACUGUCUGAAUGAACUGGGUGAUGAUUCACUGAUGCAGGAGAUGCAACAUUAUCUGAAAUCUGGAGAAAUAAGAAAAGCCAAACUCUCGUCUUCACAGUGGUCAGCUCUGGUUUAUGUGUUGCUGACAUCAGAGCAGAAGAUGGAUGUGUUUGAUCUGAAACAGUUUAUUGGAUCACAACAUACAGCAGAUGAAGUUCUUCAGUAUCUGUUACCUGUGGUUAAAGAAUCCAGAUCAGUUCGGCUGUGUAGGUGUAAACUCACUGCUCAGUCCUGUGAGAGUUUGUCUUCAGCUCUACAGUCCUCAAACUCUGUCCUGAGAGAACUGGACCUGAGUAACAAUGACCUGCUUCUUUCUGAAGGACUGAAGAGUAAAACCUCUAAGCUGGAGAUGUUGAGAUUGCCCACAUGUAAUCUCACUGCUCAGUCCUGUGAGAGUUUGUCUUCAGCUCUACAAUCCUCAAACUCUGUCCUGAAAGAACUGGAUCUGAGUAACAAUGACCUGCAGGAUUCUGGGGUGAAGCUUCUUUCUGAAGGACUGAAGAGUAAAACCUCUAAGCUGGAGAUGUUGAGAUUGUCCACAUGUAAUCUCACUGCUCAGUCUUGUGGGAGUUUGUCAUCAGUUUUGAAAUCCUCAAACUCUGUCCUGAGAGAACUGGACCUGAGUAACAAUGACCUGCAGGAUUCUGGAGUGAUGCUUCUUUCUGAAGGACUAAAGAGUCCAAACUGUCAGCUGGAGAUACUGAGGUAACUGGUUUUCCAUUAAAUAAUUAACAAAAUGUUCCCACAAUAAAUGGCCACUGAAUUGUGUCAGCAAAUAUUUAAUCUGCUUUCAAUGCAAUGCCAGAACAAGAGACAAAAACAUUCCCAGAUAGCAUCCGGAUGUGGGUCACCUUUGGCAAAAAUAUGGCACAAUCACCAAAGGCUAAUCAGGGUGUAAACCAGAUGUGGUCCACAUAUGUUUCAGCAAAUGUGGUCUGGUAUAUUAAAGUGUAUUUGGGCCAGUUUUGGCAAAGAUACGGCACAGUCGGCUUUGGCUCAUCAGUAUGCAAGUCUAACUUGUCCCACAUUUGACAUGGCAAAUAUUCCCCGUAUAUCAUAAAACAGAUGAAGGCCACUUCUGGUUUGGAUGUAGCACUUCACACUGGCUAAUUGAAAUGUACAUUUCAAAUAGUAAAUAUGGCCUAAAUAUUUUAAUAGAAUUCGGCUACUUUUAGUAUAAUGCAACACAGUUAACUGAUGCAGGCUGAUCUGGAUAUGAGUCUUAAGAAAGCUA